AUGGAGAAGUCCAAGAACUUUCGCAUCGACGCCCUCUUGGCUGAGGAGCCCCCCCGGCCCGUGCCGAGCGCCUCCCCGCAGGGGCUGAGUCCCGAGAGCUCGGCGGGGAGCCCCGGCUCCUGUGCCCGCACCGAGACGCCCUCUCCCCGUGCGCCCCAGGGCACGGCCCCCCUGCCUGCCCCGGGAUUCAUCCCCAAGCCCGGCUUGUUGCAUCUGCCCCCUCCCGGACUGAGCGCCCUGCCGGCCAUGUACCCGUCUCCCCUGUACUCGAUCGGGGCCCUGGGAGGCCAGCACCCUGCUUUCCCUUAUCCCGGCUUCGCCCACCUGCCUCAGCCCGGCCCGGAGCACCUGAAGGCCGCGGCAGUGGCUGGAUCGUUCCCGCUGGAGCACUGGAUCCGCGCUGGAAUGAUGGUCCCCCGGCUCUCAGACUUCCACGCUGCUCCACAGUCCGGCUUGAUGGGCAAAUGCCGCCGGCCCCGCACGGCCUUCACCAGCCAGCAGCUGCUGGAGCUCGAGAACCAGUUCAAGCUCAACAAGUAUCUAUCCCGGCCCAAGCGCUUCGAGGUGGCCACGUCGCUGAUGCUGACUGAGACACAGGUGAAGAUCUGGUUCCAGAACCGCAGGAUGAAGUGGAAACGCAGCCGGAAAGCCAAAGAGCAGGUGGCCCAAGCCGAGGCCGAGAAGCAAAGAGGGAUCAGCAAAGCUGCCGAGAAGCUGAUGCCCAGCGAGCCGCAGAGGCAGGAGGAGGGCCCUGGAUUCAACAGGCACGGUGCCAGCAUGGAGCUCCUGCACUGCCACGCCGCAGAGCUCGGCUACAGCCCGGGAUCCUCGUGCUCCGGGGAGGAAGAGGAGCACUUCAGCUCCACGGACAGGAAGAUUGGCUCAGCGUUAUGAAAGGCAGCCCUGGGCGAUCACCCCA